AAGAAAUCUGAACCGAAUGUUCACGCAGAGGUUAAAAAGGCAGAAAUAACUUAGGAUCUCGAUAUCUGCUGCCCUCCCUGACCCUCACAGCUGCGCCACUUGAUCUGUUUGCAUUGCAGCCUCUCCAAAACCUGUUGUGUAGCAGGUUUCCUCUCCCUUGGUCUCACGCAGAGGCUGCAGGGGAAACUGCACAAGGCACCUAAGUCAUAGCUCUGGUCCGUCUUGGGAGAAACGUUGCAGCCUGGGGGAUCUAUAAGACUUAAUCACUUGGUAAGGGAAAGAGGCGAAGCCAGAGGCCAGCUGUGCUUGAGGUCCGCCCGUACCGUGUGGCAGUGACGGAGGUGUGAUCGCAGAGGCACGCUCCUGGGAACCUUGGUGGGCUGCAGGGUUAUGGUGUGUUUCGGUAAAAUUUCCUUUCGCGGUGCGGCGCACUUGGAAUGCCAGACACACUCCCCAGGCCCGUCGGCAACAGGAGCGAGAGCGAAAACAGAUGGUGGCCUUCUGCGCGGUCCCUGGGGUCUGACUGGAGCGGGCUGCAGGGCGAGUGUGUGUGAGUGUGUGAGUGUGUGAGUGUGUAAGUGCACACAGGGUGAGGGGCAGGGCGCUCGGAGGGGCGCAGACUGAUGCUGCGCAAGGGCACAUCCAGGGUGCGCUCUCCCAGCGCCUGACAGGCGCUGACGUUGAUUGGCACAAAAACAUGAAUGCAAUUAAGCUAAUGAAAUUGUGGUGAUGUGUGCGUAUGUUGUGCUCUGCCCUUAGUCUUCUGUCCUCCUCUCUGAACUCUGAAGGCUGAGGUCCCAGCUGCUCUCCCAGCAUCACCGGCGGUGCUGCCAGGCUCCAGAACUUCGCGCCGCUCCCUCCCCCCACUGUUGGUUUUGUUUUGCCAGCUCAUUACAUUGAUACACUGACACAUUUGCUGUUUUAAUGGAAUAUACAGUCCUAAUUAAAUGUUCCUUGCCAAGCUGAAGCAGUCACAUCUGUUUACUUCUGACUGCCUCCCAACCUGGCACUCAUCAAACACCCCCCCCAACACACACACACACCUCAUUCUGCCUUUGCAUGCAGAUGAGUGCUCACAGAGUCUCCCCCUAGUGGCAGCGGUGAGUAGUCCCGGCAAUCCAGAAGGAUCUGAUGCCAAGUUGGACCCGUUUUGCAUUGGCUUUUGGCGAGUGCAUUAAACACGCUGGGUUUUGUUCAACAACUUUGCCCUUUGCACCUUUGCAAACAGCAAAACUAGUCCUUUCAUUCGUCAGGAAUGCAUUACAUUACCUCAGUGGUGCCCCAGUCCUAGUCCUGAUGACUCACGCGCCUGUUGGUUUUCAUCCCAGCUGAGCUCUCCAGUUACACAGUCAGACCCUUCAUUGACUUUUUAAUAAUGAGAUGAAUUUGAACUGUUCGUUCCCAGCUCUCAUACGUGUUGGAGCUUUAAUCUUUAAUCCCAAACUUGUGACUAUAAACAAGAUGGAAAUGUUCCAAUGAAGCAACUUACGCUUCCCAAUGAAGGUGGGCUGGCAUGAAAACCAGCAGGUGUGGGGGGGCAUCAGGACCAGGUCUGGGAGCCCCUGCAUCAGCUGCAGAUGCAGUCUGUGCUCCUCUUAUCCAUGGUGGAGAUUACGUGCAACAGAAUAUGGCACUGAGUUGUGUUGAAGGGGUUAUGUUUAGCACCCACAUGAGUCAGAAGGUACCUCCUCAGGUGCUCUACGAGGACAGCCAGAUGAUUGACCUCGGCGCCCCCUACAUUGCCGGCUUCCUGGGUUUCCGGGAGGCGCCCUGUCUGGCGGAGGCUGUGCACCGUCUGGAGCAGAGUGACCCCAGCUGCCUGCCGCAGGUGAUAUUCGUGGAUGGGAACGGGCUGUUCCACUACAGGGAGUUUGGGCUGGCCUGCCACCUGGGGGUGCUUGCCGGGCUGCCUUGCAUCGGCGUGGCCAAGAACCUACUGCAGGUGGACGGGAUGGAGGACAAGCAGGAGCACCAGCACAAGAUUUCGUUGCUCCAGAAGGGAGGGGACUCCUUCCCUCUGAAGACCAGAUCAGGGAGAGUCCUGGGCCAGGCUCUGCGCAGCUCGGAUAAGAGCACAAAACCUAUUUACGUCUCAGUGGGUCACCGCAUAAGCCUGGACACAGCUCUGCGGCUCACCCACGCCUGCUGUAAAUACCGAGUCCCCGAGCCAAUCAGACAGUACAGGGUCGCUGGUGAAGUUGGAGCCUAACACGGCACACAGUGGGAUACACCCUGGACAGGAUGCCUGGCCAUUGCAGGCCAAACACAGACACAAAACGCACCCGCUCACACCAGGGCCAAUUGUCCCAGUUGCCCAUUACCCUUCCAGUAUGUCCUUUGGACUGUGGGAAGAAACCGGAGUGCCUGGAGGAAGCCCACAUGAACGCAGGGAGAAAGUACACACAGACUCCACACAGACAGCGCCCCAGGAACUGGACCCAGGUUCCAGAGCUGCAAGACAGUCUGUGCCCAACCUUGCCAGAGGUCAUGAGACAGAAACCAGAGGUCAUGAGACAGAUGAAGGGUUGGCCUUCAUCUCAAUAAGAAUGUUAAUAACACAUGCAUUUAGAUGUGUGAGUUCUAUUCCACCAGGGAGCUGCAGGACCCAUAAACGUCUAUAGGAAAUUAGAGUCCUGUCGCUUUUGGAGAAUUUUCCCUCUACAAAUGAACAUACGAACAAUGCUAAUAGCUGGAAUUAGUUUUUAAUCUAAUGAUUGCGCUUAACAGAGUGUGGCAUGCCAGGGUAUUAGUGCACACAGAUACAGUCCCUGAGGAAAUUUGCCAGGAUAAGAUUUCAUGUAUUUAGAGGUUUAUCAGCAGAGGAAGGAGCUCUUAAUUGAAGAAAAAAGUUGAUAAUAUUAGAGCAAUAAAGGUGGAGGCGAAGGUGGAAGUAAAUCUGUAAUAAAUCUAACUGGCGUAUGGGAUGCUAGUGUCUUCUUCAUUAUGUGCUUGCAGAACCUAGCCUGUGCUCUGACACCUGCAAUACUAUUUCUAUAUCGGAGAGGCGCUUUUAAAAUGUCUUUGGUGAAGCCAAUGAGUUGAGAUGUCAAAUUAAUCAAAUUAAUGAUUAAUAAUGAGACCUUUAACCAAAGCAAUAUAUGGAGUUCACAGUAACCCAUACAUUUAUACUAUAUAUUUCAGGACCAAUUUACAAGCCUGAGCUUUCCAGAGUAACCCGGCUGAAGUAUCUUGCUUGAGGCUACAACAGCCGUGACUGGAAUUUGGACCUUCAGAUCACUUAAUUCAGUCUUAACCGCUGCCACACACCUGACGUCGGACUUUUUGGCUUUUAAGUUGGCAGCAUAGGUUUCUGCCAGUGUAAAUUAACAGGAGGUUUCAUGAAGUGUGCUCCAGAGAAGGGGAGCACUGCCUCUCUGCUGGGGGAGGGGGGUUCAGUCCACUGCCCUGCCUAAAUACCACUCUGUCUUGGACAGGCGGUUCUCCCUAAAGUUUCUCCAUAGCUGAACUGGCGAGGCAGUAUCUCUCUCCUGUCCCUGGUCCGCUGGGCAGUGGGACAGCUGCUGCCCCAAGUGGGGCUGAACUUCAUCAGUUCCCCUCAAAUGUAGAGCCGUUAGUUUCCUCUUAGAAUGAUUCUAACAGCACAAGUGUUGAAAGAGGGAGAAGGUGGGAUAGAACUGGGUCAAAUUAGCAUGGAGGGCUUCACCCUCUUAUAAGAGCUGAGGGACUCAUUAAAGCUGAAGCCCACUUUGUCUCCAUACACAAUGCAAUGAAAACUUAAUUACUCAUUGGUAAUUAGGGGGAGGGGAAGGAGAUGCCCUUUAAUGUCUGCAUGGCGGCGUGUCUCUGUGCUGCUUGUGACCAAAAAUCCUUGCUGUUCCCCAGUAAAGGUGGCCAAAUGGUCGAGUUGACUGAAGUAAGAAGCGCAAUAUAUUAGGAAUCUUGACACAGUAGAGCUGCCUCAAUCUUUCUGCUGUGUAAAGAGAAAAGUCUGCUGCUUGGGCUUUGAGAUGGGAAACAUGUUUAAAAAGACUCUGAGCUGCAGCCAGGAAAACGGAUUGUCCUGGCUUAACCCAUGGGGGCUGCAGGGCAAGUUUAAAAAUAGAGGAUGAGCGCUGCUUGGCGGACUGGUGGGCGGAAGUGCCCGCGAUGCGCGCUGGGAAGUGUCUCAGUCCCGGCGGCUCCAGCCCGGCCUCCCACUCCGGUGGAGAUCGACACCAGCUUGGCAGGCGGAGACGUCCCCCAGCAGUCGCCGGUCCAGGGGCUCUGUGCGUCCCCUGGUUCUUGUAGGAGAGGAACAAAUAUUUCUUAAAACUUUAGACCUGUUACAGGACACAAAAAGAAUCAAAAUAUAGAGGUGCUAUGUAUGGCUGAAAAUGGGCUGUUUUAGCAAAGUAUCUUCAUUUCCACAAAGGAAUACUGUCCAGAAACACAGCUCUAAUUAAAAAUAAUUCAGUCUGGUUCUCCUGUGAAGUGCACAACAGUUUACUCCAUUUUUAUUCUAAAGCACUUGUAUAAUUUGAGCUGGGUAGUGUGUACAUCGUAUCUAAUAAGCCAGUUCAUUAUAGUUAAAAGAGACUAUUACAGACUCUUACAGAGCCCUUUUUCGUUAAAACUGUGCUCCAGAUCUUAUACUGUCGGGCAGUAUAAGUUUGUUCUUGCCUGACAUGGUUAUAUGAGACAGACGUUUUUUUAGAUGUAAGCUUAAAUGCAGUUUAGCUCAUUUAAAUUAAAUAUCUUAUUAUGCUAAUCGCACAUUAAGUAUUCGAGUGAAGGUAUGAUACUUAUGUGGGAGAAAUUACAUAUUUGUGUGUAUUUUUAUCUUCUUUUAUUUUGCAGCCCUUUAAGCAUAAUGAAAACAAAGAUUUGGAAUGUGGAGCAUGCAGAUGCAUCACUGUAGGUUUCACUAGCCUGCUUUGUGCCUUAAUUGAGAUCUCGUUGUGCACUGUACGCUUGGAGGUGUGGCAGUCUGCAGCAGCAUGGCUGUCUUUGAAAAGGCCAGCAUGCACACAUUCUUAAUAGGAGGUUAGAGGGAAUCUACGUCAGCAUGCAAACUGCAGAGGAAUAAAGUACAGGCUAAUUCUUCUCUGAAAAGUAAGCAAAUGAAGAGCUCUCUGUUCACUUACACAUUUCUGCUUUCUGCAGAAUUUGCCAUACCUGCUGCUGUAUCCAAAUCCACACUGCAUAAACUUCAGUAUGUUCAGAAUUCGGCAGCCAGAAUCCUGACCGCAAGCUUAUUCC